UUAGUGCGCGUUGAGGUUAUGUUUCGAAAUUUAUUCACACCAAAUCAAAUUUUGAAGUAUAAAUAUAAACAGAAACAAAGUAAAUCACGGUGGUCACAGAAUGUUGAUACGGUUGCUUCGGGUGAACGAUAUUUUCAACACACCUCGACGAUUUGUCCAGGCGUUGUACGUUGGCAACAAAAACAUAAAAAAGAAUUUAAGACUUUUAACACCAAUAUUGGAUUUUGAGCACCGUUUGUCCAAUCCAAAAGAUGUGGAAGACAACUUACGACGUCGAGGAUUGUCCGAGCAGUUUGAUGUGAAUGAUCUAUUUUCGCAGUGGGAAAUGUACAGUUCGAUCAAAUCAAAAAAAGAAGAAAUCGAAAAUCUCCAGAAAGAAGCCUCACAACGGUUGAAAGAAGCAAAAUAUGGUGAAACACUGAAAAAACGCGAAGAUGCCCGACGAAAAUACGCAUUGGAAUUGGAGACAUUGGCAGAGGAUUUAAGCAAUUGCACCGGUGCUUUGGAUGAAGUCGAAGAAAAAUUUGUAAAAAAGUUUUUAUCAUUACCAAAUGAAACGAAUUGUUUGACACCACAAGAAGUGCAAAUCGUUUCAAGUUUUGGAACAAUAUGCAACGAAAAACGAGAACAUCAUUUAGCCUAUGAGGAUUCCAUCGAAUACUACAGCAAUACAGCGUAUUUUUUGAAGGGUGACGCCGCUAAAUUCGACAACAGUUUCAGCAAUUAUUGUAUUAACUAUUUUCGCAAGCAUAAUUUCAUUGAUUUCAGCAAUCCAGAUUUUGCGAAGACCAUUUUGGUGGAAGGUGCUGGAUUACCGUUGGAAAAAUUCUAUGAAGUGCCACACGAGCUCGAUGUACAUCACACGAAUUGGAUGCAUCUAGUGGGUAACAGUUCAAUGUUAAGCUUUCUAGGAUAUGCAAUUAAACUGCGAGUGUGGGGAAAGUAUAUACCCUUACAGUGGAUUUCAGCUGGGCGAACGUACAGCCGAACUAAUCAAGACACUUUCAGCUUAUAUAAUGUUAGUCAAUCGAGUACUGUACAAAUAUUCCAGGCUGGUUCAGAAGAACAAAUGCUACACAAAUUUAAGGAAACCCUUGCUAUGAUCACGCAACUUUUCCAAAAACUUGACGUUCAUUUUCGGAUUUUGUACACGCCAGCCAAAGAACUGAAUUUGGCAGAAAGCCUUUCGGCCAAAAUUGAAAUGUUUUCACCGCACAGCAAAAAGUACAUUGAAGUUGGUAAUCUAAACUAUUACAGUGAUUAUAUUAGCAAAAGACUUCUUUUCUCGUAUGUCAAAGAUAGGGAAACAAAUGAAAUUGGCUUUGCACACAUUGUCAGUGGAACCGUAUGUAAUUUAACGCGAAUUUUAGCCAUAAUUUUAGAAACAAAUAACGGAAUUGUACCGAGCCAUUUGUUAGAUGAAUUCGUAUAAAAUUUUAGAAAUUGGAUUAUUACAACUGUUGCAACAAGUUGUUCAAUCGAUUUUUUAAAAAAUAAAACCGAUAUUAUUGUAACGGAAAAA